AUGGCCGACAGCUUGAAGAUGGGAAACCUUUCCCUCAACGAGUCUCAGCACGCUCCUGCCGCUGCCCCCAACACGGGUCGCGCCGCUUACAUCCCUCCCCAUCUUCGCGGACGCCAGAUGGGUGGAAACAUGGACGGUGCUGCCGCUGCCCCUCCCCCCGGUCCCGCCGCUGGCCCUGGCAACUCCUGGGGUGGUCCUAGAGGCGGCCCUCGCGGUGGUCAGUGGGCCAACGCCAACGCCCCCGAUUUCAGCCCUCGCGGUCCCAAUGGUAACACUAGCUGGAGCCCUCACGAAGCUCGCCGGCCCUUUAAUCCAAAUGCUUACGGACACCCAGGUCACGGAGGCUCUUAUGGAGGAAGUGGAGGUGGUUCUGCCCGAGGCUCUGGAGAUGGCCAGUGGCGUGACGGCAAGCACAUUCCCGGUCCUGCCAAUCCCCGUCUCGAACGCGAGCUUUUCGGUCUUCCCAACGAUCCCACCAAGCAGAACACCGGUAUCAACUUCGCCAAUUACGACGACAUCCCCGUGGAGGCCUCUGGUCACGAUGUCCCGGAGCCGGUCAACGCCUUCACCAACCCGCCCCUGGAUGACCACCUGAUUGAGAACAUUAAGCUCGCCCACUACCAGACUCCCACCCCCGUCCAGAAGUACUCCAUCCCCAUUGUCAUGAACGGCCGCGAUUUGAUGGCCUGCGCCCAGACUGGUUCCGGAAAGACUGGUGGUUUCCUCUUCCCUAUUUUGUCUCAGGCUUAUCAGAACGGUCCUUCCGCUGCUCCUGCCCAGGCUGGCGGUCAAUUCGGUUACGGCCGUCAACGCAAGGCGUACCCGACCUCCCUCAUCCUGGCCCCCACCCGUGAGCUUGUUUCCCAGAUCUUCGACGAGGCCCGUAAGUUCGCCUACCGCUCCUGGGUCCGCCCUUGCGUUGUGUACGGUGGUGCCGAUAUCGGUUCCCAGCUCCGCCAGAUUGAGCGCGGAUGUGAUCUUUUGGUCGCUACCCCUGGUCGUCUUGUCGAUCUUAUCGAGCGUGGCCGCAUCUCUCUGGUCAACAUCAAGUACCUGAUCUUGGAUGAGGCCGAUCGUAUGUUGGACAUGGGUUUCGAGCCCCAGAUUCGCCGCAUCGUGGAAGGCGAGGAUAUGCCCCACGUGAAUGACCGCCAGACGCUGAUGUUUUCGGCCACUUUCCCCCGUGACAUCCAGAUGCUGGCUCGCGACUUCUUGAAGGACUACGUCUUCCUGUCCGUCGGCCGUGUCGGAUCUACCUCUGAGAACAUCACCCAGAAGGUUGAAUAUGUCGAAGACCACGACAAGCGCUCCGUCCUCUUGGAUAUCCUCCACACUCACGGCACUAGCGGCCUCACCCUCAUCUUCGUCGAGACUAAGCGUAUGGCCGAUUCUCUGUCCGACUUCCUUCUCAACCAGCGUUUCCCCGCCACCGCUAUUCACGGUGAUCGUACCCAGCGUGAGCGUGAGCGUGCUUUGGAAAUGUUCCGCUCCGGCCGUUGCCCUAUCCUUGUUGCCACUGCUGUUGCUGCUCGUGGUCUCGAUAUCCCCAAUGUCACCCACGUCAUCAACUACGACUUGCCCACCGACAUCGAUGACUAUGUUCACCGUAUUGGUCGUACUGGUCGUGCCGGUAACACUGGUAUCGCCACUGCUUUCUUCAAUCGUGGCAACCGGGGUGUUGUCCGCGACCUGAUCGAUCUUCUGAAGGAGGCUCACCAGGAGGUCCCCUCGUUCCUCGAGAGCAUUGCUCGUGAGGGCAGCGGCUAUGGUGGUCGCGGCGGCCGUGGUGGCCGUGGUCGUGGCGCCAACGCUACCCGUGACAUGCGUCGCGUGGGUGGUGGUAUGGGCGGUCCUCCCUCCUUUGGCGGCAGCAGCUACGGUGCACCUGGCGGCAGCUAUGGUGGCGGCGGCAGCAGCUAUGGCGCCCCUCCCUCCUAUGGAGGCGGUGGUGGCUAUGGCGGCGGCGGCGGCAGCUACGGUGGUGGCUACGGCAACCCCUCCGGCCCUACUGGACCUUCUUCCUGGUGGCUGACAUCGAAUGGGAUCUUCUUUUUCUGGUUCAUAUCUCGGAUCCGUGGAGGAUGGGAAGUUGCUUUGCUGGCGCUAUUUGUGGGUAUCAUUAUAUCAUGUCAGAUCACGUUCCCUGCCCACCUCCCAAUUUCUUCCCUCUUUCUCAAUCUUCCAUCCGCGUCAAACUUUCCCAGCUCUUCCAUCUCAUUAUCCCCCUACCUUCUAUCACCCACUGGGCGACCACUCUUCCACUCGUUCAUCCAUUGCGUCGUCCUUGAGCUAACUAUCCCAUCAAUCGCUGUCCCCCUGCGCGGCUACCGCUCUCAGGACACGCCGAGAACGGAUCCUUACGUUGCGGUUGAAAGCACCGCCGCGGACGAGUCGUUUGCGCAAUCCGAGCCGCAAGAUGAGCAGCAAACUCACAACAUGACCGUCGGUAUUAGGCGUCAGGCGAACGGCACUAUCGGGUCUGUCUACUCCGGAAAUAAGAUUCGACAUCUCAAGAAGGAAGACGGCAUUCCGCUGUGGCGCAAGGACAUCCAGUAUCAGUUCCUCAAGCUCGUCUUCGAAGACCAGACUAAGGUCUUUACCCGUUGGCCAGAUGGAGAGAAGAACCUGGAUUUUGCGGACAUCUACAUCGACGCUAUGGCUAGGAGUAGCAAGACGAGCAAGAUCUUGAAGGACAAACUUCAGAACGAUAAACAAGCAGCUAUCAGCAUGGCUAUGGUUUGCUUGCUGGUCAAUUUCGGAAGGAUGAAUACCACUCUCAACUUCUUCCCUGAGAUGCGUGCCCAACUGCGGACCUAUCACUCCAUUCCUUCGCUACAAGCUCACCAAGACCCGAACGCCUACAAGCAGCUCCAAGACGCCCCUCGUCUCAAAUCCAUUCUCAAGGGUGCUUCGGAAGACGUCGACCAGCCAAACACUCUAGAAAGAAUCAAGCGCCAUGCAAUUCCUCGCACCAACCCGGUAAACCUCAUUUUCGUUCUGGCACAAUACGCGCCCAAGGUAUCUGAAAUGCACUUCUUCCCUCCACGCGACUUCUUUGACCUCGUCAUGCGGGGCACAUUGAGCAGUAAGAGUCGUGCAAAGGCAUUCCUAUGGUUGAUGUGGUGGUACCUGGAAAGUGAUUUCAGCGCCGAAGCCGCACGCAACAAUCCGUUUGGACCCGGCCUGGACGGUGAAGGAACCGGGGGCUUGCCCAUCAAGGUGCCUCAAUUUGAAAGCCUUACCGAGGAACAAGCAAACGAGGAAAAUGUUGAUACUCAGUCUGAGAUUGAAUAUGGAGAGGCUAAGCGCCUGGAACGCAAACGUAUUCUGGAGGAAGAUGAACCGAUUCCUAGAGUGACCAAACGCUCCAAGAAAGGUUUGCCAGACUUUGGCUAUGAGGAAGAUGGCUCGGGAGAUGUUUCGGGUAAGUCUGUCCAGCAAAAUUCUCAGGCCUCCCAGUUUACUAAUCUGAUUAUCAUAGGUCGAGGCGAUGGCCGCGGUUCUACUAUGUCAACCCCCCUACAUCCCUCUUCCAAGCGCUAUCCGCAGGAUGAUGAGGAUGAUUAUCAAACUCCUGGACAGUCUGCCAGGUCUCGUUACAAGAGACCUAAGCGGGAAUCUUCCCUCAACCGUUCUGUUGGUCAGCAGCGUCUCAUCUUAAGAACCAAGAUGGAAAACACACCUGACGCUGCUUCUCCAGCUCCUCCAGGCUCUGGCCAUCCCAUUUUAAAUCGGUUCGUCGCAGAUCCUACCUUACCUCAGCAGUCUUCUUCUCGCCGUCCCCGGCCCCUUACGCAGCACCAGCUCGCUGUUGAGCAAAAUCGGCGACAGCGAAUUGAAUAUCUUCUAGCCAAGCGGAAGAAUGAGGCAUAUCGUGUCUUGCGUGCGAAUCGAGAGAGCGAGCUACCGCUCGUCCGUCACGGUCGUCUAUUAUCAACCCUGCCUGAUGAUUAUGAUACGGACGAUGAGGAGAGAUCGUGGGGCAAAGGCGGGCUUAUUCCAAAGCCGGAGGAAGAGGAAGACUUUGGUGAAUGCGCCAGCUACUACCUGUCUGUCAUUCGCAAGGCGGCCAGGCGCUUGGACCGAUGGGAUUAUGAUGACGCCAACGGCCCGAAACGUGACCGCAAGAAGGAAAGAGAGCAACGUCAGAAGGCAAGAGAGAUCAGAUUGGCCAUGGAAAACUCCUCAGACCUUGCUGGGCGCGUCCCGUCUUCGGCCCGUAGCAGAGCCCGCGCUGCACGCAAUGCUAAACGCAAGCUUGCUGGGGCAGCAUCUGGUGCCUCGGCUACAGAGUCCAAGGAGCAAGGCGCAUCGACAUCGCGUUCUAAAGCUAACAGGAGCCGUGCUCAACGUGAUGCUGGAGAUGGUGAGACAGCCAACCCCGAUGCCACUAAGGAUGGUCUCGAAGUGCCAUCCCGGGAUCAGGAACUCUCCCCGAUGCCUGGAUCGGCCCAGAUGGGCGAUGAAGACGGAGACAUCGAAGGUGAGGAAGGACUUGACGAUAUCGACCGUGAAAUUCUGGGAGAAGGAAGUGGAGAGGAGGAUGUCGGUACGACACGCAAGGCUCGUACAUCUCGCCCUGCCGAACUUGGCUAUGAGGACAGCUUUAUUGGCGACGGAGGUGAUCCAGAUGAGGAAGGUGAGGCACUCUCAUCCGAUGAGAACGACGAAGAAGCCGACGACGAUGAUCUCGAUGAGGGAGAAGGGGAAGCCGAUGGUGAUGAUAACUCCUCUACCAUGGAAGGUGGAAACGGAUAUGCUGCCAGUGAGACUUCUUCGGUCGCUGGAGAUGCUGCCGAACCAGCCACUGAAGCUGGUGGCGAGACAGCAGAACGAGAAGAUAUGAAAGAUGAGGUUAUGGAAGAUAAAUAA